GAACUAGUGUUGCACCGAACGAUAUGAGUGCAACACUAGGUCUGGUGAGAAUUAACAUUUCUCGGCGCAACACCAAAUGCAUGUAACACUUCGAUCCUCCAACAUUUCACUCGUGACAAGCGAACUGAGACGGUGCGGUGUUAUAAGUAAUAUAAUCAUACAAUAUGAGUGUAACAUUCAAAAGAUUUAUAUUAAACGAAAAUAAUGAAGUUAUACAGGACAUGAAUAAUAUUUUAUAUGAAGUUGAAAAUGAAGCAGGUUUGAACAUAAUUAUGAUGGACAAGAAACAAUUGCUUGAAGCAGGCUAUGAAAUUCCUGACAACUUUAAUUUGUACGAGAAGAGAACAGAAGAAUCUCCAAAUAUAAAUGACAAGUUGGAUGCACAUACUGUACAAAAUGUUGACGAGUGGACAGAGGAAAGCACCAGAUUCAUAUUAAAUAAAUAUUCUGAGUAUUUACAAUCAGUUGGCCCGAUGAAAAAAUUUAAAAAUAAGAAAAUAAUGUGGAUAGAGAUCUCAAAAAAUGUAGAAACAGUUUUAGGCAUAUACAAAACAUAUAUACAAUGCGAAAAUCGUUACAAAACAAUUAUGAGAAGAAAACGUCUUUGUGAUAAAAAUAAUAGUACUUCCGGAUCAAAAAGAGUGAAAGUAAGUUUUGAAAAUGAACUUAAACAAAUUGCUGCCAAAGAUGACAGUAUAGAACCAGAGAUAUUACAAAGUGCAAGUAAUGUUGUAUUUAAUGUUAAAAAUACUAAUUUGUCAGAAGCAUCCAAAACAGUAAAAAAGAAGAAAAGUAAAAGUAGCUUACUUGAAACUCUAAUUGAGAUGCAUAAAGAAAAAGAAUCUAAAAGACAGGAACGACACGAGGAGAAAAUGAGUUUGUUAAAAAGUUUUCUCGAAAAAGAAAAUGUUCAUAAGGAUUCUUGAAAGACACAUUUCAUAUAUUACAAAGGAUAUUUAUAUCAGUAUUUUUAUAGUAGAUAUUAGGAGUUUUCUUUAUGUUUUUUUCAUAACGCGUAUAAAAAUACGAUAUAAUAUAAUGUAAAGACAAAGAUUUAUGUUUAUAAAAUAGGAAAAACAUGUAAUAAGAUCGUAUCUAUUUAUCUUUUUAAUUUGAUAUUAAAUAAAUGUAUUAUAAUUUUCUUAAUGUUUAAUAUAAAGAUUUGUUUAUAUGCUGCAUUGUGUGAUAACGCAACUUUCUUAUUUUGUUAUUAUUUAUGUUUUAAGAACACACUGUGCAAUAUAGAUAUGUAAUUUACAUGUUCAAUAUUGUGUUACUAUAUUUGUAUUUUGAUUAUAUCUUAAUGUCUCUAUAUGUAUAUUAUUAUUAAGAGUGUAAUAAUGCUGUAUCAAUAACAUAUUUUUUUAUUACCAUGUAUUUAGUUUUACAAAUGUGCAACUAAAUAAUACAAUGUUAAAUAGAUGGUUGAUUAAAUACUAUGGUUUAAAUAAAAAGUUAUAAGCUAUAUUAUUGUUCAUAGUAUGCUCAUAUAUUAAAAAAAAAACUAUAUAUCUAUAAACUUAAGAACUACAUUUACAUACUAUAUUAUUUACGUUAGUAUUACAUUAAUUUAAUAUGUGGCACAAAAAAUUUCGUUUUUCCUCACCGGCAGCUCUAUCUUCGUUUCUGUAAUCUUCUUCGAAAUAAUUGUCAUUGUUCUGAAAGUGUUCAUCAACUUCCUCAAAAAAAUCGUCUACAUUAUCGUCAUAAGAAAUACACAAAUUAUGUAAUGUACAACAAGCUAUAAUAAAUUUACAGCUACGUUGAA